GUUGUUGAAAAACACCUCUACCAUCAAUUUUCCCGACGCGACAAGCCGAGGACUGUUUGCAUCAAACUCAAAACUACUGCGUUUCUGUUUGAAUCUAAAGUUCCGGAGCAACCCCAUCACUGCGCUUGGAUUCAUCUCCAUUUUGGUUUUCGCAGCUUCAGCAAUGCAGGCAUGAAAGAAAAGAAUUCCUCCACCGCUUCAACACUUGGACGGAUUUUAGCUACUUGUUCUAAGCAGGCCAGAGACUACGGCAGUUGUGUUGCAUCGAAAGUCCAUGAGGUUGAAAGAGACAUGUGCUUGAAAGAGUUUCUUGCACUGAAGAGUUGUAUGCAGCAUACGAUCCGGGGAAAGGCUUGAAUCACGACUAUAGGCGUUUAUCAACACUGCUUAACAUGCUUUCAAGUUCACAGCCAGGUGGCGGCUCUGGUGCUUUAUCACAUGUGUAUAUACAACAUCCAUCUCUACGUUGCAAUAUUCCUGAUUCCAGGGGAUUGUUCUAUGAUGAUGCCAACAGAUUGCUAAUUUGUAUCACAUCUAGUCAGGUCUUUUCAUGGCAAACAGCCCCCUUUAAUCCAGAUGUAUCUCCUUCAGUUGAUUCUAUAAGUGAAGGGCCUAUCCUAUCUAUCAGAUUCUCUCUUGAUAAGAAAGCGAUAGCUGUCCAAAGAUCUGACUGUGAAAUACAGUUUUUCCAUCGAGAGACUAAGCAGAUACUCACCCAUAAAUGCAAGGCAGGAUCAGAGAGCAUCCUUGGAUUCUUUUGGAGUGACUCUCCAUUAUGCGAUCUUGCAAUUUUAAAGACCAGUGGCAUGGAUUUGUUUGCUUGUGAUUCUAUGUUGAAUCUACGUUUGGUGGAGACUAAGAAAGUGAAUGUGAAUUGGUACAUCUAUACACAUGAAACUCGACUGGUUCUUCUUGCAUCAGGAUUGCAAUGCAAAACAAUUACUGGAUAUCAGCUUUCCACCGCAGGAGUUGUUCGUUUACCAAGGUUUGAGAUGACAAUGGCUAAAUCUGAAUCAAAUAGUAAACCUAUUCUCUCUUCAGGAGACGUCCACUUAAUCACUGUCUAUGGCCGAAUAUAUUGCUUACAAGUGGACAGGGAGGCUAUGCUACUGCAUUCAUACAGGUUCUACCGAGAUGCAGUCGUUCAACAAGGUUCUUUACCAAUAUACUCAACCAAAUUGUCGGUGAGUGUAGUUGACAAUGUACUGCUUGUGCACCAAAUCGAUGCAAAAGUUGUUAUCAUCUAUGACUUGUUUGUGGAUUCUCGAGCUCCUGUGUCUGCUCCUCUUCCUUUGCUGUGGAGGGGUUACCAUGGCUCAGACCAAUCGUCUCAAGCUGCUAACAAAGAAAAUGAGAGCUCAGAAUCAUCUACAAGCAAUGAAAUAUUAGUCACGUAUGAAGAUGCAUGGACCUUUCUGGUUCCAGACCUUAUUCUAGAUCAGACUAACAAGGUUCUGUGGAGGAUACACUUAGAUCUUGAGGCAAUUUCCGCUAGCAGUUCAGAUAGGACGUCUCUUCUAGAAUUCCUGCAGCGAAGGAAGUUGGAAGCAAAUAAGGCGAAACAAUUGUGCUUGGGGAUAGCAAGGGCUAUUAUUUUGGAACGCAGACCAGCAUCUCAAGUUACUCAGGCAAUAGAUGUACUGGUUACAGCAUAUUCUUACUCGGUUAAAGCUGGUACAUAUAAGGACAUAAAGAACGAAAAGACCACUGCAACUACUCCAACCGUUGGUGCAUCUCCUGAUAACGAAAGACAAAGGCCAUCUGGAAGCACUAUUGAUGAAGAAGUUGAAAUGAACCUACCAUCAGGUUCAGAGGAGAACAUGUUUUGUGCUGAUGAGCAGCAAGAAUCUCAACUUUCCUCACCAGCCAUUUCACCCGAUGAGCUCUAUAAGUUUGUGUUUGCUUCUGUGGAGGAAAUGAUGGUUGAGGAAUCUGAGUACCUAGUUGCUAUCAUCACUGAGUUCCUUCGCAGUAUUAGCGCAGAGAAACUCAAAGUGGAUCUCAACAUCUAUGUGAUGACCAUCAGACUUUUAGCUUACAGUAAACGAUAUGCAGAACUGUCGCUAUUCACCACAAAUAAGAUAAUCGAACCAUCAAAGGAAGUCGCGCUCCAACUUCUGGAGAGCGGUCGCCAAAAUCUCCGGGUAAGGAAACUUGGGCUUGAUAUGUUGAGACAGCUCUCGUUGCACCAUGAUUACAUCUCUUCCCUUGUGCAAGAUGGGUACUAUCUUGAAGCUCUGCGAUAUGCUCAGAAGCAUAAGGUGACGAGUGUGCGAUCGUCGCUGUUUCUAGAAGCAGCAUUCGCGUCGAAUGAUCUGCAGCAUUUGGCUGCAAUUUUGAGGGUCUUGUCGGAAUUGAUUCCGGGAUUUAAAGAAACUUCCGAGUACUACACAUUCUAUGGCCUUCUCAAUGAGACCGGUUCCUCAGUUGCUGUCUGAGAGGGAUGAUAAUCACAUACCUCACAUUAUGUUCAAGAAACCUAAAAUAAACUCUGGUUUGUCGAGUGGAUCUUGAUAAAGAAGUGUUGUUGAUAAUUGUGUCAUUAAUUAUAGCUUUCUUGCAAAUCCCCAAAGCCAUCUUAUUCUUUGGUUUUGGUAAGAUUUUUUUGGUUUUCAGGAAUUUGGAAAUGAGGAGUACCAAUAAAAUAAAGUUGAAAUU